AGAGAGCAGAAAACUCCUGAGCUUCAUACAGACAAGAUCUGUGUAAAAGUUGAAGCAGGAACCUUUUUAUUUUUUCCUCCUUCCUCGGGCAGCACCAUGGCCCUGACCAAAGAAGAAUUGCUGAAGCCCAUCUGGCACGCCUUCACCGCCCUGGACGUGGACAAGAGCGGAAAAGUCUCCAAGUCACAGCUAAAGGUCCUCUCACACAACCUCUGCACGCUGCUCAAUGUUCCUCAUGAUCCGGUGGCCCUGGAAGAACACUUCAGGGACGAUGACGAAGGUCCGGUGUCUAAUCAGGGCUACAUGCCUUACCUCAACAAAUUCAUUCUGGACAAGGUACAGGGAGACUUUGACAAGGUGGAGUUCUAUAGGAUGUGCUGGACUCUUUGCGCCAAGAAACAUCUGAACAGAGGUCCCCUGUGUAUCAGCGAGGACAGCGCCUUCAAGGUGUGGUGCAUCUUCAAUUUCCUGUCCGAUGAGAAGUACCCGCUCACCAUCGUCCCCGAAGAGAUGGAGUAUUUUCUGAAGAAGCUGGCGGAGGCGAUGGGCAGCGGGUGGCAGCAAGCUCUGUUUGAAGAUUAUAAAAUCGGCCUCCACAAUAAGCCGAGCGGUCUGUCCGUCUGGGAGCUCAUCGAUCUGAUUGGAAGCGGACAGUUCAGCAAAGGCACCGACUUCACCACCGUCUCCAUGGCCAUCAACGAGGUCUUCAAUGAGCUUGUGCUGGAUGUCCUGAAACAGGGUUAUCUGUGGAAAAAGGGCCACAAGAGGAAAAACUGGACGGAGCGCUGGUUUGUCCUCAAACCCAAUGUCCUGUCCUAUUAUGUCAGCGAGGAUUUAAAGGACAAAAAGGGCGACGUCACCCUGGACCCAAACUGCUGCGUCGAGUCUUUACCGGACAGAGACGGGAAGAAAUGCCUUUUCCUUGUGAAAUGCGUAGAUAAAAGUUAUGAGAUCAGCGCCUCCGAUAAAAAGAAGAGACAGGAGUGGAUUCAGUCCAUCCAGACGGUGGUGAAUCUUCGGAAGAUGGGCAUCCCGUCGCCACACAAGGACGCGCGCCAGAAACGAAAAGCCAUUCGGCAGAAGCUCCAGGCGGAGCAGGAGGAGCUGCAGCAGAGGAUGAAAGACCUCCAGAUGUCCAACGAGACAAAGCAUCAGGAGCUGGAGAUGAUGAGGACGCAACUACGGGACGCCGCUGCCCGGGCCACCGAAGAGGAGAAGAAACGCCACGAGACGCACAUGGAGUUACAGGACCGCUUCAGGGAGGAGCUGGAGCGGGAGCAAAUGAUCCGGCAAGAAAUGGAAGAACAGGUAGCGCAGAAGUCCUCAGAACUGGAGCAGUACCUGAAGAGGGUGCGAGAACUGGAACAAAUGUAUCAUCGCCUGCAGGAGGCGCUAGAUGAUGAGAAACAAGCCCGAGUAGAAGAGGAGAGCGCGCGGCUCUUACAGGCCAGACUCCUGGAACAGGAAGCCGCCAAGCGAGCCAUGCUGGAGAAACUCCACCACGAGCAGGAGAUCGCUAUCAAGAUGACGGAAGCCGAGAAGAGGGAACUGGAGACCAUCCGGGAGAUGAAGGACAUAGCGCUGCAGGAGGCCAUGCAGCAGCUGGAGCAGCUGGAGAAAGAGCGAAUAGAGGCCUUGGAGCAAUACCAGCAAAUUAAAGAUAAUCUAGAAGUUGCAACGAGUAAGACGAGGAGCUGGAAGGAUAAAGUGGCGCAACACGAAGGCCUAAUCCGACUAAUACAGCCAGGUUCUAAGAAUCCCGUGUUCAUCACAAACUGGGGCCCGGCUUCCUUCACCCAAGGUGAACUGGAGGAGAGAGAGAGGAACUGGCAAGGGAAGAAGAACACCGGCGCGGACUAGAGCGUCCAAUCCCAACGUGGAGCGGCAGAGAGGACCGCGCCCCCAAAUCAGCGGGAGAGUUUGUGCGUGCGUGCGUGCGUGCGUUAUUUGAAAUAUUUUUUUUUUUCGUAUUCCCAAGUUGUGUCUACUUAAAAAAAAAGGGAGAUAACAAAACACCGGUGAGCUACGGUAAUCCCCGAAGAACUUCUAGACUUUUCAAAAACGAGAAAGAACAACAAGAACCAGAAGAACCUGCCGGAGAAAACGCCUAACAACCCAAAGGACCGCCCUACGGACGGCGGCGAGUCUUAUCCAGGACGCAACGGCCGUGUCCAUACUAAACCCUUUAACAAUUAGAUGACCUAGAAUAGGCGCUGGAAUCUGUUUUCAUUUUUGCGUUUUCGAUAUUUGGGGCGGGCUCAUAACUUUCCAUAUGUUCGUUUUUUUAUUAUUAUUUGAAACUGGAAUGUGAGAUUGAAAUGUUUUGUCUGUGAAAUGCGUUCCCAUGUGACCAUAGGAGUCGCGUUAUGUUGUUGGAUCCGUUCAGAGAAUUGGGUUUGUCUCAACAACCGUUACAUAAAAAGUCAUUUACAAAAAAAGAAA